AUGGCGAUCCUGCUCAUUGGCCCUAGAUUGCUUACACCUUUCAUCUUUGAUCAUUUCUAUCUUUGGGUCAACAUGUCGUCAGCUCUAGCAGCGGCUAUAACUGCGAUUACUCCACCGAAUGUGUCCUAUAUACAAAUGGACUCACUUGUGAUCAUGAAAAUUGUUAAACAUGUGGAUAGCGAGCUUUAUGCUGGGAUGAGCGAGGUAGCCGGAGAGGCUUGUCAAGGACUGCUUACUGGCUUGGUCUCAGUUGAGAAGGAUGAUAGCCGUUUGGAAAUCACAAAUUGUUUCCCUACAGCAAGAGCAGAACCCGUACUAGAGAGCGACGAAAAUGCGGCACAGGCUAACCAAAUGUACGAGGAACUCAAGCAGCAAGAAAUGUUGGACAUGCUCCGAAAAUUUAGAAAUAUGAAUAUUGACUAUGAGCUUGUCGGUUUCUAUCAGGCUCAUCCAUUUGGUGCCUGUUUUUCUCAGGAUCUCGUUGAUUCGAUGUUCGAUUACCAAAGCAAUGGACCAGAUGGUGUAGUAAUAAUUUAUGAUCCCGUAAAGACAAGACAAGGACAGCUAUGUCUUCGUGCUUAUCGGUUAUCCGUUCCUGCACUCGAGCUCUGCGCCAAAAACGAUUGGUCCCCCGACGCGGUCAAGGCAGCAAACUUGACAUAUCAGUCUAUGUUUGAAGAACUACCUAUCGUUAUCAAAAGCAGCCAUCUUGUUAAUGUUAUGAUGGCAGAAUUGUCGCUAGCGCCUACACGUAUUGCUGACCGGUUUUCCACCCACUUGGAGCUAGGUUCCCGAAGGUCAUUAGAGAAAAGCGUCCGUGCAAUGAUGGCCAACAUUGAUGAGUUAAACAAGUCUAUUGCCGCAUACGGCAAGUAUGUUAACGACAAGCAGCGACACGAUAAUAUGAUCUAUAAUUUGACGCAAAAACGACAAGCGGAGAAUGAGCAGCGGUUAGCAAGAGGUGAACCUCCUUUAUCGAUGGAUGAUAUUCGAAAGCAGAAGGAACCACAACUUCAAACGCGAAAUGGAAUGCUUGAUGCGAUGUUGAGCAGUUGUGAGACACAGGCAUUGGCUGAUUUCUGCGUUAAGGUAACUGGAGAGAACAUUGCCAAAUUGUUCCUUGCUGAAGCGAUUGCCGAUGACAAAGGAACUACGAAAGAUCGCUCACAAAGUCUGCUUACUCGCUAAUCCUUACCAUCCCACUAUUUCUCAAUCCUGUUGAUUAAUUUCUCUACGGUAACUGAGUUAUUUCGAAUUGGUGAUGAGUGAUGAUAGUCCAUCCUAUCUGCUUCUCCUUUCUUACACAAUUUUUUAGUUAAAUGUUCUAUUUUUUGUUGGUAUGAUUUGUUGUCAUACAAUGCAUUCUGUGCAUUGGCAAUACGUUGUUUUGUUGGAA